AUGAGGUCCUUCACCCAAGCCAUCUCGCUCGCCGCCGGCCUGUCCCUGUCCUUUGCCAACCCCACCCCCGCCGUCUCCCCGCGACAGACCGGCUCCAAGAACCUGAUCGUCUUCGGCGACUCCUACUCCACCGUCGGCUUCUGGCCCGGCGGCACCCUCCCGGCCGCCGGAAACCCGCUCGGCAACCCCGGGCUGCCGGGUCAGACCACCUCGAGCGGCCUCAACUGGGUCGGCCACCUCACCAGCACCCUCAACACCUCGCUGAUCCUGACGUACGACUUCGCCGUCACGGGCGCCACCACCGACAAGGACAUCGUCGACACCUACGCCCAGUUUUGCGUCGAUGACCAGGUCGCGCAGUACACCCAGUACGCCUCCGCCAAGGUCGACAAGGCCAGCGCCCUCGUCGCCGUCUGGAUCGGUAUCAACGACGUCGGCGAGCCCUUUUGGGACAGGCAGUCCGCGCCGGUCGCUAAGAUCAUGGACCGCUACUUCGAGCUGCUCCAGACCCUCGCCGACGACGGCCUUGCCAAUUUUGUCCUGCUUACUGUCCCUCCCUUCUCUGACCAGAUCCCCGCCAUGAUCGGCCAGUCCGAGACUGACCUGGCCCGUCUGCGCUCUGACAUCGCCGCCUACAACGCGGCCCUAAAGACCCGCCUCGCCGCCUUCACGUCCGCCAACAGCGGCGUCAAGGGCCUCGUCUUCGACACCAAGCCCUCGUUCGACGCCGUCGUCGGCAACUUUGCAAAGUACGGCGCCAGGGACGCCACGUGCUACGGCUCGAGCGACUGCCUGUGGGCCGACAACUACCACGCCGGCCUGGCCAUCCACAAGCUGCUCGCCGAGAACCUGGUCAAGGGGGUUGCCGCCAACUUUGUGUUCUGA